CAUUUCAUUAAAUAGGUGGCAUUGAUUCACUGGUCCUAUUUGACCCAAUCUAUAAAAUAACCGACCCAUAUGGAUCAACCCAGCCUCAAAUCCUUCUUCUCCAAAUACAAUUAAGCAAGCAAAUUGAAUCUAUAAUUAAAUGGAAAAUUAGUAUAGUAUAAUUUUUUUAAAAUAACCAAUCCAACUAAACAAACCACAGAAACUCAAUGGGAGUCUGAUUAAUUAAAAUUGCUUCUGCUUUCCUUUUCUUCUGACUUUCAUGUCUGGUUCUGAGAAGUUUGAGGAAGGCAUAAAGAGUUUGAAAGUUGACUGUGAUUACGCGUCUGAAGCCUUUUGCGUUUGAUGCUUCCGUAUAAAGGUGUAAAUUGGAAUAUCGUGAAUAUAGACUCGUUUUUUGUUGUCAAGGUGAAUAAUGGGGCCGAGGUGGAAAGGAAAAGGGGCAGAAGUUAAAGCUCUUGCAGAUCCCAUUUCAGAAAUAGUCGGCCAGCUUCAAUCUUCUCUGAUCCGCUCAAACUCUCGAGGACUGCUUUCUGGAACGAAUGUGCUUCUUAAAGCAGACACAGAACAAACUGAGCUCCUCAAUCGUGCAUGUUUUGGUAGGCCUAGGGUAACGGCAGAAAAGAAUGAGCAAUGGUUUCAGCUCUGCAUGGAAGAAGCUUUUUACCUUCAGUAUUCUCUAAAAUGCAUUAAGGUUGUUGACCACAAUGACACUGAACUGAACAGCGAUGAGUUAUGGAAGCAUAUAACUUCCAGGAAGGAAAAUUUUCCUAUCUUAUACAAAGCUUUUUCUCACCUUAGAAGUAAGAACUGGGUGGUUAGAUCGGGCUCUCAGUACGGGGUAGACUUUGUUGCCUAUCGUCAUCAUCCUGCUCUAGUACAUUCUGAAUAUGCUGUGCUUGCAUUAUCUUCACAACAUGGUAGUGCAAAUGGUCGCUUGAGGGUUUGGUCUGACUUCCAUUGCACUCUUCGACUUUGUGGUAGUGUGGCGAAAACAUUAUUAAUUCUUGAUAUUGAGCAACAGCAAAGUUGUGCAACUUCUCCAUCGUGCUUAGAUAAUUAUGUUGUUGAAGAGAGAACAAUCACAAGAUGGAGCCCGGAGCAAGGCCGCGAACCAAAAGUUAGAUCCGACCCAAGUAAAAAGUAGAUUGUCUGGUUCAAGAGUAACUCCUACUUCACAUGUACCAGUUUAGCAAUUGUAAUGUGAUUUAGAAGCAUUACGAUUAAUACUAUGUAUUAUUAUUAAUACUCUGCAUACUGUACUUAUUCCCCCUACUUUGUUGCAGGCAUUUUGGGUGACUUUUAUGCCCAGCAAAAUGGUAAACUAUGCCUUCUUA